GGUUCGUGUGUUUUCGGAAACGUUCGUAUCUCUGUUUACGUUGGUAUAUUAGCAACAACAUAAAAUUACAUCAAUGAAAUUAUUUAAGUAAAUUAUAUAAAAAUGCAAUAUAGGUGUAUGUAUUGUGGAGAAAAAGUUAAUGCAAAUCGAUUUUUAAUAAAGUUUCCUUUAACUAAUGACACUCUAUUAAAGUCAUGGUAUAAAAAUUUAGGUUUAGAUUGUGACUAUCCACCACAUAAAUCUUGGAGACUAUGUUCUGACCAUUUUACAAAAGAUGGUAUUAAAUUGGAUAACAAAAAAUUAAUUUCAGAAAGCAUUCCAAAUUUAUUCAACAAAAGAAUAUGGAAAUAUUGCGCUUGUUGUGGCGUACAUCAGUAUCAAGCAAACUGUCCAUCAUUUCACACGUAAGUUUCAAAAUUAAAACUCUUUUUUAUUUU